AUGGAAGUGGCUCGGCACCAGCUGGACCGCUUCCGAGUGUCCGAGGUGCAGUGCAUCCGCUGCCGCCUCCUGCAGAAGGCCCAGCAGCGCUGCGAGGGCUGUGACAGCCUCUUUGGCGAGUACUACUGCGACAUCUGCCACCUCUUCGACCGCGACAAGAAGCAGUACCACUGCGAGGAGUGCGGCAUCUGCAGGAUCGGCCCCAAGGAGGAUUUCUUCCACUGUUCCAAAUGCAAUCUGUGCCUGAGCCUGAGCCUCCGAGGGAAGCACAAGUGCAUUGAAAAUGUCUCCAGGCAGGAUUGUCCGAUAUGUUUGGAGGAUAUUCACACGUCUCGUGUUGGAGCCCACGUUCUGCCAUGUGGUCACCUUCUUCACAGAACAUGUUACGACGAGAUGCUGAAGGAGGGUUACAGGUGUCCUUUGUGCAUGCACUCGGCGUUAGAUAUGACCAGGUACUGGCGCCAGCUGGACAACGAAGUGGCACAGACUCCCAUGCCCACAGAGUACCAGAACAUGAUGGUGGAGAUCCUUUGCAAUGACUGCAACGCCCGCUCCACGGUGCAGUUCCAUCUCCUGGGCAUGAAGUGCAAGAACUGUGAGUCCUACAACACUGCCCAGGACGGACGGUGCCGGCUGCCCUUGGAGGAGCAGUGA